AUGUCGACGUCUGCGUAUCAGACAAAUGCUAGGCCUCGAGGAAGACCUGGGAGCUUCAGCGAGGCGUCAGAAAAGCAGACUCGGAGCCGAGCAUCAAGUUCGGCUUCUGCAAAACUAUCCAAGACGUUGUCGAGGACUCUUGAUGAGGUCUCGAUCCCGAGAAACAGCCGUUCCAACUCGCCGGCUAUAUAUUUCCACCGGCACAGGACGCUCGACUCAAAGUGGUCUGAUCCUGUGGUGGUUUCAUCUAGACAUUCGGCAGUCUCGUUGAGAUCCGAUAAGACCAUCUCGUCGAGAAUGGAGGAUGACACCCUUCUUGCCCCGAGCUCGCCGACCAAGGUGAAACCCCAUAUCAUCCAAAGUCCCCAUGAUAUCCCAAAUACAUCUAUAGCAGAUGUACGUCCUCUAUCACCUACGAAACCCUCGAUGACCGCUGUGCCGGAGGCAGGAGAGCUUGUUGGAUCUUUCGCUGGAAAUACAGAGCUUCUGCAAACUUCGCAGGGUCUUAGUUCGAAAAGCCAGUCGUCGAGAUCGCUUGCGUCAAUGCAGCCAACAGUUUCUGAAGAAAUGAAUAUCAUUCCUACGCACAAGACACCGUCGUCGCCCCAAAUAUCCACGUCAUCUCCCUGCGCUACUGGCGCUGCAGAGCCAUGGACGAAGGGGUCGAAGUCGCCAGUGCACGAAGAGACGGGCCCGGCGUCCCCAAGAACGUCAAAACCGUCUUUGCACGAAACCACAGCUGUGCCUAUGGGCACCACAUCAGUACCCUAUCCUUAUGAUCCACUGGUUGCCCCAACUCCACAGGGCCCGGUAGUUUUCAUACAGCCUACGUUUGGCCAACAUCUCGUGGAUCCGGCAGAGAGGGAUGUACCUUUCGGGCCGAGUCCUACGUUGACGUCCGAGGGUACCUAUCUUCAUGGGUAUCCGCAUCACGGUCGCUCACCCCUGGCAUCACCUCCUCUGUCACCCUUUCUUCAGCAACCUGCUGGUAGUCCGCCCCCACCGGGCAUUCCGUUCCCACCGCCCUUUCAAUACCAUUACCCUCAUCCGUUCGUAGCUAACCCUAAUCUGCAAGUCGCAUUCUACCCGCCGCCUUUCACUGGCCCUCCAGCGCCAUUUCCACAUCCAGAUACUAUUUCUCGAUCUGGCUCUGCAGCACCAGAUGAUGAGCGGUCAAAACUCCUUGAGAAAGUUUCAAGUGUUCUGCCUGAUAUCAAUCGCUUACUGCAUUACUAUCAAGAAAGUCAGGGGCUUCUAUCUGAGAAAGAUCUUCUCGUUAAACAAGCCGAAUCACAACACCAUGAAGAGGUCGCGAAGCUGAGAAUUGAAUUGAGCGUCUCCAAGGAAGAAUAUGAACGCAUCAUAGGGGAGCAAGCCCGUGAGAAUCUGAAGCUGAAGAACGAGAUCACUGAGCAAGCUGAGAGAAUCUCACUUCUUGAGGCUUCUUCUCGGGAUCUGGCUAAAGCGAACGAGGAGAUUGCCAAUCUGACUUUGAAAUGUGAAUCCUUGGAGAAUGAGGCCGAGAAUAGGAGGGCCAUGAAUGAGCAGCUGGCUGCAGAGAAGGUGGAUCUAGAGGACAAGGUCGAAGCUGUCAGAGAGCAGCUUCAGGACGAACGGACACAGCAUGAACGCUCACAAACAGACUUGAUCCAGGCCCAUGAGAAGCACACGGCAGAAAGAGAGGAUGCUCAUGUCAGGUUACUAAAUGAACACAAGGCUGGCCUGUCAAAGCUUCAGCUCGAUCUAGCAGGACUGAUAACGAAGCAUACACAACAGAGGAGGGAUCUGGAGUCCGCACGUGCAGUCAUCUCCGAGCACGAACAGACCUUGGCUGCCAAAUCCAAGGAGCUAGCUGAUUUGGCCCAAGCUCACAAAAAUGAACUGGACGCGAAGAGGAAAGCGGUAGAGGAGAUUGCAGAGCAACAUAAACAAGAGAUUGCAGCGUUGACACAAAGGUGCGCUCAGAUGGUGGAAAAGCACAAAGACGAAAUCACCGCUUUGCGAGAAGGUCAUCAAAAAGAGAUUGGACAAAUACGAAAAGCAGCCGAAGGACGAUUAUCAGAGAUGAUCACCAAGCACAAGCAGGUUGAAGCGCAGCUUCAGGCUGAGCUGAAUACCUUCCGCUCUACAGUCGAAGAGCUUAAGGAAGACCUUGAACAGCAGCGCAACGCCAAUAACAGCCUGAUAACCGAAUUGGCGACGGCACAACAAGCACAUCAGGCACUUCAAACCACACAUGAUAUGACUAGUCAGCAACGUACAGAGUUGGUGGAGUCCAUAAUGUGUUUGAGAGACAAGCAGGCUCAAUGGCAACGGGAGAGUGAGCGGAUGGAACGCAUUCUUCAGAGCCUAGGACAGACAAGUUCCGGUAAAGGAAAGGAUGACGAAUUCUUUGUCAGUGCUUUCAAAUCUCUAGCACUGUCAGUGGAAAAGGUAUCCGAACAAUUCUUUCAGGACCAGUCUUGUUUGAAUUCUGCCCUGGCACGAACGGUUCAAUCGAGCAAUCUUCCUGAUGUGGCAGGCAUGACGACGCCGGCCCGGACUCUUCGGUCUCUCAUCAUUCAGAAUCAGAUAUUCAGCGUGCUACAUCAGAGGAUCUUUCAGCCAUUCUUAUUUCCAUCGUCCUAUGAUGAGGGCAGCAGUCCCGGUCUAGAGAUGUGCUUGUCCAGGAUAUCAAAGAUGAUCAGUGCGAAGAGCGUCCACCGAGAAGCAAUCUGGAGAGCAAUCACGGUGCGGGCUCUCUAUACCAGUCCAUAUGGGCGCAAGGCCGCAAGCACAGUUGCCACAUCCGCCAGCAAGGAAAUCGUCGACAAAUUGGCGUCUAUGACAUUAGCCGAGCAUGUUCCAGCGUUAAUAGAAGCCGUCCGGUCGAUUGCCAAGGCAGCAGUUGAGCUGUGGCGUCAAGUGCGAGUCGAAUGGGCAGCUGUCCGAUCCAGCAUGGGUCACAGGAUACUUGAGAUAGAGGGGAUAUCGAGUCUAACUGAUGUCACACUUUGGAUCCGACCACAUAUCUUUAGGGAAGGAGCCAGGACUGUCGACGACGACGGGCGAGACUGCGGUCCACUAAGGAGUUCGUCGGCGGCAGGUUGCAUCUACCUUCAGGGGACUGGCCUGUGUCACGAUUCGCCCUUGGUCAUUGCAAGACGUCAGGAGCUGAUGGCAGGCAACGACAGGCUAGGGUGA